AUGGCGGAAGACGAGUUGGUAAGUGUACAUGCAAACGUCGCUAUUGAAAAUUGGUUGCUUUAGGCUCUGGACUUGACUGGAAAGAAGAAGAAGACCAAGAAGCCAAAGGUGGUCUUGAAUGAAGCUGAUGGGACUGAAGAGUUAAUUCUCCCCGCGAAAAAGUCGAAAGCCAAGGAUAUAAAGCUCCUUACUGAUGAACUAGAAGGGCAGGUAAGUAAACCAUUUUUUAAAUUAACUGGGUUUUUUUGUUGUUGUAGACUGAAGAUGUUGCGCCAGGAAUUGGUAGGAGCAAUUUAAUUGAUGCGCAGGGAGACUGGCCAGAUUAUACCUACGAACAGCUGCUCGACUUGGUAUUCGACAUCAUGCGCGAGAGAAAUCCUGACAUGGUAGCGGGAGAAAAAAAGAAGUUUGUUAUGAAACCUCCGCAAGUUGCACGUGCCGGCUCGAAGAAAACUGCAUUUACCAACUUCGCCGAAAUCUGCAGAUUAUUGAAACGUCAGUCCAAGCAUGUGCUCAACUUCUUGUUGGCUGAGUUGGGUACAACGUGAGCUUAUCAAUCCUUUAUGAUUUGUUUUCAUGUUUAGAGGGUCUAUCGAUGGAAACCAGUGUCUCAUUGUGAAAGGUCGUUUCCAACAAAAACACUUUGAAUCCGUACUCAGGAAAUAUAUCAGUAAGCUGAUUCCGAGUUCGUCUAGAAUAACGAAGAUGUUUUUAGAGGAGUACGUCACUUGCCAUACAUGCCGUUCGUCUGACACUGAGCUUACUAAAGACACUCGUUUGUUCUUCCUCAGAUGUAAUGUUUGCAACAGUCAGUGUUCUGUUACGGCCAUCAAGUCUGGAUUUACGGCUAUGGUGGGAAAGCGUGCUGCAUUAAGAAGAGCGGCUGAGGCUACUGCCGGCAAAUAA